AGUAGUGUUGCACCAUUUCCUACGUAAUAACAAUGACCGACAAAAAGGAAGAUAUACCAAAAACUAAUGUAGACGAAGAAUUAUCGAAUCUCUUAGACAGUGCAUUAGAAGACUUCACAAAGAUCGAAUCUAAUCAAAAGGAUGCCAAGACUGACAACUCCAGUAAAGAGGUUAGUACUUCAAAUAGUGCCAAUGUUGAAGGUCAAGAAUGGUCCAAUGAUUUCAUACAGCAAGCAGCAAAUCAGUUUGAAGAAAAUUUUGCUAAUUUCCUAGCUGGUGCUGAUCCAAAUACAGAGGUCACACCCGAAUUUAUUCAACAAAAGUUGCAACAAAUGGCUGAUGCCGCUCAACAAGUUCUUGAAAACCCUACACAGGCAGCUGAUAAUUCCGUGGACUUUGCAUCAUCUAUAACCCAAGCCAUACAAUCUUUAAAUGCUGGAGCUGAAGGACUUCAGGCUCCGUUGAAUGAGGAAGAACUAAUGAAGAUGUUUACUGGGGAUAAAACUGGUCAAGAAAAUGAUCUUCUACCUUUUAUGCAAGGUAUGAUGCAAGGCCUAUUGUCCAAAGAAGUAUUAGGACCGAGCCUAGAAGAUUUUGUGCAGAGAUUACCAGAAUAUAUCGAAAAAAAUAAAGAUACUCUAGAUAAAAACGAUAUCGAGCGAUAUCAGAACCAAAAGAAACUCAUGGAGGAAGUAAUAGGAGAGUUGAAUAAAGAAACAGAAGAAGAUACUACUCAGAUUAAGUCAGAGAGAUUUACUAAAGUUUUGGGCCUUAUGCAAAAGCUUCAAGAUUAUGGACAACCUCCUUCUGAACUAGUAGGAGAUUUAGAAGCCCCAUUUAGUUUUGAUCCCCAAGGAAAUCCUAUGAAUUUCCCCAAUCCGGGACAAGCUAACUCAGAAUGUAAUUUAAUGUAGAUAUACGAUAGAUGUUUUGUUUUAUUGUGUUAAAAAUGGGAUAAAGGAAGAUUUAUACUGGUUACCAAUAUGUUACUGUUUUUAGGUAAUGUGUAUUCAAGAAAUCCAAUAAACAUUCAAAUACUUUACUGUGACAAUAUGUUUAUUACGUUUUGUUUACUCUUUUUGUUGAAAUAUAUCUUCGUUUUUUU